GGCUAGCUUGUGACUGCAGGUUGAUGAGCUUGCAAGUACCACCCCCACCACACCUUAUUUACUUCGAUUUUGGUCACGCCCAUGGGGCGGUUACCUUUUUGGGAACGCCCAAACUCCCGGACACCAUCUACAUACGUAUCCACAUGAGUAUAGAUAUAUACUAUAUAUAUUUACAUAGCACACUCACGCUCUUUGAGGUUUACGAUAUAUAUUUUUCAUGCGUUUCCGGUUUUAGAUCAUUCCGAUAUCGCAUCGAUAGAUAUAUACUUUCCAUCUAUAUGCACACGAUGUACAUACAUGUGUGUACAUACAGCGAUAAAAUGUAUCCGACGAUUCGAAUAUUUUUUUAUGCUACUGCACUCAAAAUUAUGCAGCAGAAUUAGAUCGCAUAGGUAUAUGGAAAUUGUAUUUUUUGCAUUUUUUCAUCAACACGUCAUUAGAAUUGAUCAGAUUUUAAAUCGAUCGAUAGCCCUGCAGGGAUCCCAGAAAUUGUGCCUUUAAAUUUAAUGGAGAUAACAUAUUUGAAUCGCAUGCAGUUUAUCAAAUUCUUGUCUCCAUAAUUCAAUCCCUCAUCGUUCGAUAUAGUUAUACGUGUAAAAUAAUUCGUACGUGUAUAUAAUAAUAUAUGGUGCUUCAAAAAUGAAGGAGGAACACCUGCCCGUCUCUCUAGUAUAUAUACACAUGUAUAUAGCAUGUAUAAUCCGGCGGUGAAUUUCAAAAUGGCGCGCCGCAUCACGCAUGGCGCUCGAACCUGCAUGGGGGAUGAAACGCACCGCGGGGUGCCCGAAAAAUUCUAUUUUAAUUGCUCAAAAAUCCCCGAUUGUCAUCACUUACGGUCGUACAUUGUUGUACGGAUAUUAAAGUAAGUGAAAAUUAUUGCAGAAAUAAAUUUCUCGUACGGUAUUCUGCCAUUCUUAUGGGCUGAAAUUGCAGGAUUAUAGCAUAUCAUCCGCAGCAAAUCUAGAAAUGCUCAGAUGCAGUUUGUUCGUACGAUAUACGUACCGAAAUAUGUAUAUCACUGUGCAAGUUGACAUCGUGAGCCGUUAAUUAAUUUUGAUGUGUACAAAAUUAAUGAAUAUAGAAAACAACCCCCGCGCGUACAUACCAUCUCACGAUCACGCUGCAGUGCACCUUUCGAGAUCGUCGGCCAGUUAGAUGGCGCAUACAAAAAGAUAAUAAUUAUAUAAAUGCAAUCUUGCAGAAUCGUUCUCGAUCUUAUAAAAACUUUGUACGAAUCACGCAAUAUCCGGUUGCAGAAAAUUCAUUCAGUACAGCGAGUACGAAAACGCGGACUACAUGUAAUAUGCGUGCGUCAUGGCGCUCCCUGUCGUUCCGCGUUGUUGGCUACGACGUCGUUUUUUCUUUUUUCCGAAUGUUCUUCUUUCAUUUUAAUCACUCUUUUUGUUUCUGCUUUGCUUGUAUUCCCUUUCGAAAAUUUUUUCCUUUCUUUUCCGUUUUUGUCUUUUUUAUUUCUCCGCUUUGUUUGAUUAAUUUCUUACGGUCUUGGGAAGCGAAAUGUAUAGCUGCAUUUCUGGAGCCUGCAGAGCUGUAAAAGAGUGGUGGAUACCAGUUUACCACCGCCACUCGCUCAGCGAGAAAACCAGUCGAAUGAUCGUGAACGGUGGCUGACUUUAUAUAUGCUCCGCCCAUGAUGGUUCGUCCAUGGGCGGGUUCAUUCUAACAAUCUGAUCGUCAUCAGACACCGCAGAUUUACUGACAACUUACGGGCGCGUCGCUGUAUAAUCAUUAUAAACACGCAACUAUACCAAAAUCUUCUAUGGCCAAUGUUAUAAUAUACAUACUUUUACCACCACGCUCAAGCAAUGUAAACGAGCUUUAUUCUAGAAUCGUAUCGGCGGAUAGGUACCAAAAUGGCGCACCUCCGCUAGAAAAUUUUUUAUUUGGAACAAAUUGCACACGAUCUUUCUUCAUAUACUUUGGUAAAAUUCGAUCUUCACCAAUUCGGAUGCAGAUUGCAAUACACGGCUCAAGUUUUCUGAAAAUAGGUGAUAUAUAACCGCUAGCUCCACCACGGCAACCUUUUUUCUUGUAUCGAAAACAUCACUUCCGGUCAAGCCUCCUGCAUUUGAUGCUGCAACAUGAACGAUUGAGUUCGGAUCGAGGGCGUUUUUUUAUCAUAAUUGACAUAUUUUGGAUUUGGACUCGAAAAACCAAUGAUUUGUUUGUUGAUCCUUUCUUCCGAUGAAUCCUUUAUUUGCUGACGAUUUUUGAACGGGUCAUCAUAUUCACAUAACUUGUGAAAAUCUCCAUGCAAGGAAGUAAAAUUUUGGGACCUUAUUGUUCACCUGUAUAAUUCGUGGACUUGCCCGUAAGCACGAGUAUGGUCGUUAUUUUCACAAAUGCGAAGCUUAAAAAAAUCUACGCUUACGUCACGUCGUCGUGUAACCGCAUAGUAUUCCUAGAAUCCAAUAUAGAUAAUUAAUUGACACUCGUAAUUCACCUGCGAUAAUAUUAUAUCCAACUCGUAUAUUCAUAUAGAUAUAGCUGCAUACUUUGCCGAAUACUUUUUAUAACACACGUGGGUAUGUAUAGGGUGUAAUAAUAUUACACGCAAUUGGUUUGGUUUGUUAUGUACAAAUUAUAAUAUUAUUGUGUCGUAUAUAUACUGAAAUAAUAAUGUUAUAAGUACAAUGUGGUUCGUAAUCGUUGAAGUGAGGUAACAGUGAAAAAACUGAGAUUUAUUUGAUAAAUAUAAUUAAAGAUGAUAAGAAUGAAAUAAAACAAUUCACGUGCAAUCGAAUUACAAAUAUUCUGGGAAAUUAAAAAAUUGUCACUCUGCCGAAACCCGGGAUUGAACCGGGGACAUUUAGAUCUUCAGUCUAACGCUCUCCCAACUGAGCUAUUUCGGCGGAUACAAAUAGUGGAGUUAAAUUUAUUUAUCAUUAUAAGAAUAUGUACCAUUCGAUUGAUAUUAUUUAUGUAAAUAACAUAAGUGGAAGUCAGAAAAAUGAUAAUCCAUGAACGUGGGUCAUAACCAAUGUCAUUCUUAUUUUCACGAAAACCGUCUGACAUUUCUCUCCAAGGACAUAACCUGAUUGAUGACAGACGCAGACUUGACUACGUGAAUCAGCUGAUCGUGCAUAUUCACUCAUGCUGUUGCUAGCCGUUGCUUUGAGCGGUCAGUCCACUCGGCGUUAAGAAAGUUUUACUGUUAAUUAUCAUACUUGCCAACUUUUCAAGCGUUCACUAUAUUAGUUUCAUUGAACCCUCGUCGUGUUUCGCAUUUGCUAAGCAAAAAUGCAAGAAGCAUUCUUGGAACUUAAUGGUGUUCCGACACAUGUCACUUCGGAAGGUCGUUGGGUUGAAGCAGGCUUAGCUGCAGAUGGUCGUAAAGAUGUAGUGGUUGUGAUUCCGGGUAACCCUGGACUACCGAGUUUUUAUAAUGGAUUUAUCAAAGCUUUACACUCAAAACUACCAAUGGAAACCCCUGUAUGGGUAGUUGGCCACUCAGGGCAUGUUGAGCCAAGCAAAAACAGCCUGAGAACUUUACCCAAGUAUGAGCAUAACCGACAUCUUUACAACUUAGAAGGACAGCUGAAGCAUAAGACCGAUUUUAUAAAGAAAUAUGUGCCUAAAGAUGCUCAAAUUCAUCUUGUCGCUCAUUCGAUUGGCAGCUGGAUGGUUUUGAAUCUACUCAAAGACGAGUCUAUUAGAAACCGGAUAGCUAAGUGUUACUUAUUAUUCCCAACUGUGGAGCGUAUGGCGGAAAGUCCAAAUGGGAAAUUUUUUACUCGAUUUGUCACACCACUGAUCUCUGUACUAGUUUUUCUUUCUUGGAUAUUCACACUUCUCCCAUUGAUUAUUCAGAUCCUGUUGAUCGAAAUAUUUGGUUUCUUCAAUGGGAUUCCACGGAAAUGUAGGACUUCCGUUUUACAGCUUAUAAGGCCAGCAGUUCUAAGACGUGUCUUUUCUUUAGCAAAAGAGGAGAUGGCUGUCGUUACAGAACUAGAUCAUGAAGUGAUAUCGCAAAAUUAUGACAAGCUAUGGUUGUAUUAUGGCUCCAGGGAUGGUUGGACUCCCGUUAAAUACUAUGAGGAAAUCAAAGCUAGACACCCAAAAUUAAAUGCUGUACUAUGCAAAGAAAGCUAUCUGCAUUCGUUUGUCUUAGAAAGCGAGAAAGAAAUGGGACACAUUGUGGCCAAUGUUAUUAAUGAAAACAUUUUAUAACACUUAGUUUGAUUUUCCAGUUAGCACUAAUCUCGGAUGGCACACGGAACAGUCAGUAACAAACAUUCCAACGCCAUUAGACAUACAUACUCAUGUCUGCGGUGAUCUUUUUCAAGCAAUUUAGAUCGUGAAUAGAUAGAAAUUUCGUCUUCAAUAGUUAGAAUUAUCGCAUUUAUAAAAGGGGUACCUCUUGCAAUUUCGUCAUUAGCUGUCGAAACUAUUAAUUCUUUGUACUGAAUAGGUUAAGAUAUUGUGCUUUAUUCUAUGCUUGCCAUUUAUCACUUGUAAUUACCGAUUUACUAGGACAAGAUAACAAUAGUAUAGACAUGGUGAACAGAAAUAAUUGAAAAAAAUAAUGAUGAUUAUUCUAGUGAA